AUGUCUUUAGAAGACUUAGCUUCUCACACUAGUACCCGUGUGGAUCCUAUAAGUAUCAAUUAUAAGGGAUUUACCGUUUGGGAAUGCCCUCCAAACGGACAAGGAAUCACGGCUCUAAUUGCCUUAGGAAUCUUGGAAUCAUUGCAGGAAAACGGAGUGGUUAAAGAUCUUGGUGAUAUGAAACAUAAUUCAGCAGAAUAUCUACACGCUGUGAUUGAAAGUUUGCGCCUGGCAUUUGAGGAUUCAAAAUAUUAUGUUACUGACCCGGAUAUUUACCCUAUUCCUGUAAAGGAACUUUUGUCCAAGCGUGCAAGCCUUUUUGAUCCGAAAAUGGCAAAAGUUGAUGUUGAGAGAGGAUCUCCCGAAAACUCGAGUGAUACAGUUUACUUUUCUAUAGUUGACGAAGAAGGAAAUGCUUGUAGUUAUAUAAAUUCAAAUUAUCAUGGAUUUGGGACUGGAGCAGUUCCAGAAGACUGUGGUUUUUCUUUACACGGUCGUGGAGCUGGUUUUGUUCUGAAAGAGGGCCAUCCAAAUUGCUUGGAACCGAAUAAGAGACCAUACCAUACCAUCAUACCAUCGUUGGUUACCAAAAAUCAAGAUUUGUGGCUGACAUUUGGCGGUCAUGUACAAGUUCUCCUUAAUCUGAUUCACCAUCAGUUUAAUCCACAAGUUGCCCUUGAUGCUCCAAGAAUUAUGAUCGAACCGUUUAAUAAAGAAUCUCGUUCACUAGUUUAUGCUGAAGAAGGUAUUGAUAAAAAUGCCAUUAGAGAGCUUCAGAGUAUGGGACACAAUUUAAAAGAAAUCAAAGAUUGGAAAAGAUCUGUAUUUGGAAGAGGUCAGAUUAUCGAAAGAAGGAUCGAUCAAAAUAGUCAAAUUAGAGUAUGGUGUGGAGGUAGUGAUCCUAGAGGUGACGGGCAAGUUAUAGGAUGGUGA